UUCUGUAGUCUGCGGGAACGACGUCACGUUGGCGCCGAAUUAUACAGAGUUAAGCGCGCGGAAGAAAACAUCCAUGCUUUAGAAAUUUUAAUAACACGCCAAAAUAUAUAUUAAAAAUAUAUAUUCCGGAUUUAUUCAGCAUCAGCAGUGCAAGAUCCCAACGAUGCAGCGAAGCAUCGCGUCAUUCUUUCAGCCAAUGAAAAGUAAGGAGAAGAGUGAUGGACAGGUCAAAGCAAAGACUGAACCUGUAAAAAGUCCCCUCAAAAUUCAGAAUGGUAUGCAGGAAAGCGAUUCACCAGUAAAGAAGGUUCAUAAACGCAGUCGAGCAAUCAUAGACAGCGAUGAUGAAGAUCAGCCGAUAGUAAAAGAGCAGGUGCCAAAACAGAGUGAAGUUGAACCAGUAAAGCCAGAGAAGAAAUCUGAUGUUACAAAGGCUGCUUCCACUCCGGUUUCUCCAAAAACACCCAUAACCCCGACGACUCCGGUCACGUCGAGUACCUCUGUUGCGGUGGUAACCCCUGCUUCCUCAGGUACUCCGGGAACUCCAGCAACUCCGACAUCAACAUCGCCGUCAGGCAUUCCCAAACGCAAGACCGCCCGCAAGCAGUUCCCCAAGAGGAAGCUGGAAAGCAGAAGUGAUGGAGAGGGGGCAAAAGAGGAGGGGAAGGAGGUCGACGAAGGGCAGGAGAGUAAGAGAGCACGAGUUGAGGCCUCACCUGGACAGACAGACAAUGAGAUGAUGGAGGUGGAAGAGAAGAGCGCAGAUGGGAAGACUGCAGUGGAGGAACAGAAAGAGAAGGAUGAAGCAAAAACAACCGUAGUUGAGGACAAUGCAAACAAUAAGAUGAAAGAAAAGGUUAAAAAUAAGGUAAAACAGGAGAAAAAGAUAAAUGUAGAAAAUGGGAAGAAAGAAAAAAAAGAAGACAACAAAGAGAAGGAACAUAGCAGUCCCGAACGAGCGGUUAAAAAAGAAAAAAACACAGAGGAGGAAGGGGGAUCGGCCAAAAAGAAACCCAUCAGCAGCUUUUUUGCUCCCAGAAAGGCAGCUGUCAAACUGGAAAAAGAGGAGCGAAAUGAGGGAGAAAAAAAGAAGGAUGGGGAGAUCUCUGAUGCUGCUGAACAGAAAGAGAAGAAAAGGUUGAAUGAAAAGGGGGUGGAUUCUGCAGUCCAGAGCCAGUAUGAUCCCUCCAGAGCACAUUACCAUCCCGUUGACCACGCCUGCUGGAGGAAGGGCCAAAAAGUGCCAUAUUUGGCUGUCGCUCGCAGUUUUGAGAAGAUUGAAGAGGAUUCGGGCAGGCUGAAGAACAUUGAAACGCUUUCCAACUUUCUGCGAUCUGUAAUUCUGCUUUCUCCAGAUGACCUGUUAUGCUGUGUGUACCUGUGUCUGAAUCAGCUCGGCCCUGCAUAUCAGGGUCUGGAGCUGGGCAUUGGGGAGACCGUCCUGAUGAAAGCUGUCGCUCAAGCAACUGGGCGACAACUGGACAAAAUCAAGGCGGAGGCUCAGGAGAAAGGUGACCUGGGAUUGGUUGCUGAAAGUUCUCGCAGCAACCAGAGAAUGAUGUUUGCACCGGCCAAUCUGACAGCAGGGGGCGUUUUCAACAAACUGAAAGAGAUUGCUAACAUGAGUGGAAAUUCUGCAAUGAAUAAGAAGAUUGACAUUAUUAAAGGCUUGUUUGUGGCGUGUCGGUUUUCUGAGGCUCGAUACAUUGUGCGGUCACUGGCUGGGAAGCUGCGGAUCGGAUUGGCUGAGCAGAGCGUUCUCACGGCUCUCAGUCAGGCUGUGUGUCUGUCGCCCCCGGGCCAAGAGUUCCCACCAGCUGUGCUGAAUGCAGGGAAAGGAAUGAGUGCAGAAAACCGGAGAGUGUGGCUGGAGGAGAAAGCACUGAUCCUAAAACAGACAUACUGUGAGAUGCCAAAUUAUGAUGCAAUCAUUCCUGUUUUGAUGAAGGAGGGCAUAGAUGAACUGCCCAAUCACUGCAAGCUCACCCCAGGUGUGCCCCUGCGACCAAUGUUGGCUCACCCGACUAAAGGGGUUGGUGAGGUAAUGAAACGUUUCGAUGAGGCAGCUUUCACCUGCGAGUAUAAAUAUGAUGGAGAGAGAGCCCAGAUCCAUAUUCUUGAGAAUGGAGAGUUGCGCAUUUUUAGCCGAAACCAAGAAGACAACACAAGCAAAUACCCUGAUAUUAUUUCUCGAAUCCCACAGGUGAAGAAAGAGAACGUGCGGUCCUGUGUUCUGGAUUCAGAGGCGGUGGCCUGGGACAGAGAAAAGAAACAGAUCCAGGCAUUUCAGGUCCUCACCACAAGGAAGAGAAAGGAUGUGGAUGCAUCUGAGAUCAAGGUUCAGGUGUGUGUGUACGCCUUUGAUCUGCUGUACCUCAACGGAGCGUCUCUGGUGCGAGAGCCUCUAAGCAAACGCAGGGCUCUGUUACGAGAGAGUUUUGAGGAGAAAGAAGGAGAGUUUGUUUUUGCUCGAUCUCUGGACUCUGACAACACAGAGAGCAUUGCUGAGUUCCUGGAGCAGUCUGUACGAGAUUCUUGUGAGGGCCUAAUGGUGAAGACACUGGAAAAACAUGCAACUUAUGAGAUUGCCAAACGCUCCCACAACUGGCUCAAGCUGAAGAAGGACUAUCUGGAGGGUGUUGGAGACACAGUGGAUCUGUGUGUGAUUGGUGCUUAUCUAGGGAAGGGGAAGAGAGCAGGCAGCUAUGGAGGAUUUCUACUGGCCUGCUACGAUGAGGAGAACGAGGAGUUCCAGUCUGUCUGCAAGAUUGGAACAGGCUUCAAAGAUGAAGAUCUAGAGCAACAUUACAAUUUCUUAAAGGAGCACAUUUUACCUAAACCACGUCCAUAUUACCGUGUGGACCAAUCAGCAGAGCCAGAUGUCUGGCUGGAGGCGGUGCAAGUGUGGGAGGUGAAAUGCGCUGACCUUUCACUGUCUCCGGUCUACAAGGCAGCGAUGGGAUUGGUGGACCCAGAGAAAGGCAUUUCACUUCGUUUCCCACGGUACCUCAGGAUUAGAGAUGACAAAAAGCCAGAGGAUGCCACCACAGGGUCACAGAUUGCAGAUCUUUACAAGAAACAGCAGCAGAUUCAAAAUCAGGGUGAAAAACAAGAUCUGGAGGACUACUAUUGAUCGCUGAGCUCUGAUUGGCUCCUGAUGUCAGCUUGUCUUAUUCCUAUUGGGCAAUGGAGCGUUUUUCAAUAUUUUGUUGCAUAUUAAUGUGCUGAAUUUUAAUGCUGUGAUAUUGUGCGACUUAAUGAAAAAUGGAAAUGAACAUGUAAAUAAAUAGUCUUUCAAUGAUG